AAUAACUUGUCAAGUUGAUGUCCCAUACCAAGGCACUCUCUGGACUCCGCCGCGUCUUGCUCACUCCGCUUCAAUCCAUGGCUACGUAUGCAACCAAUGCGACCACAACCUACACGUCAUCGUCUCCGUCAGUGAGAGAGCUUGCGAUCGAGCGAGGCUGGAAGCUCUACAACGACUUGAACCAGCCCAAGCGGAUUGUUGCGCCGAUGGUUGACCAGUCCGAGUUGGCGUUCCGCAUGCUCACACGCAAGUAUGGCGCGGAUCUGUGCUACACGCCCAUGUUCCAUGCACGUAUGUUUCAAGAAGACGCCACAUACCGAGAGACCGCGUGGCAAGUUGAACCGACGGACCGCCCGUUGUUUGUCCAGUUUUGCGGCAACAACCCAGACACUGUGCUCCACGCGGCCCGAUACGUCGAGUCCCAUUGUGACGCCAUCGAUCUAAACUUGGGCUGUCCGCAAGGUAUUGCAAAGAAAGGUCGGUACGGCGCGUUCCUCAUGCACGAGCCCGACGUCGUCCGUUCGAUCGUGUCCAAGCUCAGCUCGAAUCUGUCGGUUCCCGUGACUUGCAAGAUCCGGUUGCUGCCGAAAUACGAAGACACCCUCGCGUUCUGCAACAUGCUCAUCGACGCAGGGUGUUGCUGGCUUGUCGUUCAUGGUCGCACGAAGGAAAUGAACAAACAUCUCGUUCGGGAGUGCGAUUGGGACUCGAUUGCUCGACUCAAGAAAGCGCUGCCGAUCCCAGUGUUUGCCAACGGCGGCAUUGAAACCGACGACGACGUCGUGCGAUGCAUGCUCGAGACUGGCGUCAAUGGCGUCAUGUCGUCGGAAGGGAUCCUGGAACGACCGGCAUUGUUUGCGAACGACCGCGACAAACACGGUGUGCCCAUCCGGCAGAUUGACGUCGCGAUCGAGUACUUGCAACUCGCCAAGACAUUUCCACCGCCCGAGAAGUUCCUUCGCGCGCACUUGUUCAAGAUCUUGUUCCAGGAACUCAAAGUACACACUGACUUGCGCGAGCAGAUCGGGCUCGCCCAGACCCACGACGUCCUGUGGGCCAUCACGAAGGAACUCAAGGCGCGGUUGGACGCCGCUGCCCCCGUGCCUACCUCCGUCGAAGGGUCUUGGUACCGCCGCCAUCGCAAGCUACAAAACAAGGCCGACACCAAACCGGCCAUGGAAAAGUGCGAUGACUCGGGGUUUGCAGACUUCAGCAUGCUAUUUGGAUAAUUCGUGGUGCUGCUGCCUUCAAGUUGGCCCUUUCCUCUCUCAAGUAGAAAAUGUCGGGCGGCUUCCAUGGCCAAGGACGUCGCGACCGGCGGCCCGUCGCAAACUGGUAUCGAUUCCGCG